AUCGUGCCCGCCGUCCGGGAACGGUCUUGCUUUCAGAGGAGGAGGCGGGGUGGUCGUUUGUUGACAAAACUGGGCUUUACUCCCCACCCCCGGGGGAAGCUUGCGCGCGCGCGCGUGUGUGUGUGUGGACUGGUGCCACCGUCCCCCACCCCCCCUCCUCCUCUUCCCCCGCCCCCGGGGAGCACGCGCGCGUGAACUGGACCCCCCUCCCGGGAGCGCGCGCGUGUGGACUGGGACCUCCAGCGAUUGCAGCCGGCAACAUGCACAGAUUCCGAAAGUGGCUCUACAAGCCCAAGAGAUCAGACCCACAACUUCUUGCCCAGUUCUACUAUGCAGAUGAAGAGCUAAAUCAGGUUGCAGCUGAAUUGGAUAACUUAGAUGGACGUAAAGACCCACAAAGAUGUACACUGCUGGUCAACCAGUUUCGUUCCUGCCAGGAUAAUGUGUUAAACAUAAUCAACCAGAUCAUGCAGGAAUGCAUCCCAAAUGAACGGGCAAAUCGAGAUUUCUGUGUCAAAUUUCCAGAGGAAAUACGGCAUGAUAAUUUGGGAGGACAACUUUGGUUUGGAGCUGAGUGUUUAGCUGCUGGUUCAAUUAUCAUGAACCGAGAAAUAGAGAGCAUGGCAAUGCGACCUUUGGCCAAGGACUUAACUCGCAGUUUAGAAGAAGUGCGAAAUGUUUUCCGUGACCAGUGCCUGAGAGACUUGAGUGUCUACACUGACAAAAUGAAGGAGUCCCUCAAACAAUUUGAUGGCUUGUUUGCAGAAUUUGAACUAUGUUAUGUCUCUGCGAUGGUACCUGUGAAAUCUCCUAAAGAAUAUUACGUACAGCAAGAAGUCAUUGUUCUCUUCUGUGAAACUGUCGAAAGGGCCUUAAAGCUUGGAUAUCUCACACAAGAUUUGAUUGAUGACUACGAGCCAGCAUUAAUGUUUACAAUUCCUAGACUGGCAAUUGUCUGUGGUUUAUUGGUCUUCCCUGAGGGGCCAUUGAACUUGGAACGCAAGCUAGAAGAUAUGUCUGACCUGUUUAGACCAUUUCGCACACUGUUGCGAAAAAUCAGGGACCUACUACAGACAUUGACAGAAGAUGAGUUGCACACACUUGAACGUAACCUGUGUAUAUCUCAGGAUGGUGAAUUUGCUGUUGAUCCAGAGGUACCCUCUCCCAUUCCUCCACCUGUAGUUCCUGAUAAACUCGUUCAAGAUAAAUUGUGUGUAAAAGCUGAAAAUACAGACGCUGAACUUGCAUGUUCAAUGCAGUAUGAUGAGGAGGAGCUGGAGCAGCUCAACUUAAUGGUACACAGGGUGGGGGAUGAAAUGUCCUGCCUGCUCUCUCCUCCAAGUGCAUGCCAGUCACCAGCUCAUAAGACUGUGUUGAAUAAUAAUUGUAACCCAGAGGCCUCUACAAACCCCGAGCUCUCUGGUGUGAGGCAUGAAGCUGAAGAAGAGGAACGGGUAUUUUUCAUGGAUGAUUUGGAUGGUGCAGGUGAGGCUUUUGUGGGAAUGGACACUUUGAAGGAAUCGCUCACUUUGGCUCCUGAUUCUUGUCCACCUGAUCAAGCCGAUAUGUUGCCUCUUUCACAUGAUGAUGAAAACAUGGGGAGGGAUAGUUGCAAUGAGCAAAAUUUAGAAACAAAAGAAGUACUACACAAACCAAGCAAUAAUGAUUCACUACCUCUGCAAGGACAAGCCAAUCAAAAGAAAAAUAACACCGCAGAAAUCUAUUGUAACUGUUUGGAUAUAUCAGAAUCCGGUUCUUACCUCAAUGGUUGGACUGUAGGUACUGAUGAUGUACAACCUAGUGAAACUGCAGAAAAAAUAGCACAUAGGACUGGUGGAAUGAAAAUUUCUGCAACUGUUAUCUUUAACCCCAAAUCUCAGUCCAUCACUUGCUCCUCUGAAGCGGAGAGUAUAAUAAAUUGUGAUUCAGUCUGUAGUCAUGUUUCUCCAGAUGAUUCCCCAAAGCUGUGCCCUGCUGAAAUGAAAAAUGGUGUAAAUCAUUGUGUCCACCUUGCUGUGACUCCGGACGAUAGAGUUGACAACAUCUCUGAGCCAGUGGGGAUCAGUUCAUUGGACGAUACUGUAGACAUUGCAGAUUCUAGUUUUCGUAAAGGAGAGGAUCAGCCAUGUAAAAAUAACUGUGGAUCACCUUCACAGGAGAGGAUAGAAAGUGAGAGUCCAGGUGAAUCAUGGACAGAAAGAGCUAUCAGCAGACGGGAGCACAAAACCUCCAAAUGCAAGUGCCUGGCACAGUCCUCUGGAAAACAGACAGAAGGAGGAGGGCAACAAACAAAAAUAGAAGUAUGUUGCCAGCAACGAAAGAUGGAAAAGAGGAAGCUGCCAAUUGGAGUGAAGGCAAGUAGAGAAGAACCACAAGUUAAAGGCGGUAUGGUAAAAGACGAAUCCGAGGAAGAUGGGAAAGUACAGACUGUUUCUCACCUGUCGGAGAACCACAGUACUAAGCAGAGUUCUCAAGAUCCCAUCCCAGAUUCACCCAUCAGCUCCGUAUCCAGCAGUGAUUGUGAAAGUGUUUCUGUCACAACUUGUAGUCUUUCCAGCACGUAUACUCCGAGCCCUGUUGGCAGUCUCUCAAGCUCGUACACUUCCGAGGAUGUAGAUCAAGAGGAAAUCCAACUCGCACUUCUGGCUGCCAAAGUUGCUACGAGAGAAAAGAUCCGAGCCCGUUUCCAUAACAGCAAUGAUCUUAUUCACAGGCUUUUUGUGUGUAUUGCAGGUGUUGCUGAUCAACUACAGACUAACUAUGCAAGUGACCUGCGAAGCAUUCUUAAAACCCUGUUUGAAGUCAUGGCGACUAAGUUACAAUAUGAGGGCAGCAGGACAGAGAAAAAAGGUGACCAGACAUUGAGAAGUCCUGCACUUGAAGACUGUGCUUUAUGUCGAGAAAGUGGGUCUGCCUCUGAACUUGCUGACAAGGCAAGAGAUGAGGACCUUGAAGAUCCUCCAGAAUGGGUACCAGAUGAAGUCUGCAGUUACUGUACUGCAUGCAAGGCACCAUUCACUGUGAUUCGAAGGAAGCAUCAUUGCAGAAGCUGUGGAAAGAUCUUCUGCUCACGUUGCUCUUCUCAUUCUGCUCCCUUACCUCGAUACGGCCAGAUGAAACCAGUCCGGGUCUGCACACACUGCUACAUAUUCCAUGUGACGCCCUUCUACAGUGACAAACCAAGCAUCUGAUAACUGCUGAGUGGACUGCCUGGUUCUGGCAUGGAUGAACUAGCUCAAUAAGGUUGCAACUGAUGCUGGAUGCCAGCAGUGGGAUGUUUAUUUUGGCAUUGUUUAUUUUUAGUUUAGAAUGGAAAUUUGGAUAAGCUUUCCUUAGAGGUAGUUCUGAGAGAAGCUGCAACUCCAAGUAGAAAUUUUUGUAC